CGACUGAUUAUUGCUGAGCACUGUAAGUCACGGUAGGGUCGUUUCAGUAAAAGGCUUCUCGAAGUCAAUAGACCUUAAAUAUAUUGGCAUUAUCUGGCGCACUCUCUCUAGUUGCAGUUUCUGAGCAAACAGGUUCGUGUGGGGUAAAUGAUGUCAUCGAGCGGAGGGAUAUACGGUGGUACAAAUGGCUAAAGGAGCAGUGAGGAGCACCCGACUUCUGAUGAAACUUUGCCUGCAGUGAAACCUUCAGCACAACGUUACAGUAAGCUGAAUCCUGCGGUGUACGUAGAAGGUGUAGCCAAAUACAACUAAAGGCUGCUCUGUUCUCCUAUUUCCUUCACCGAUUUUUGAGGACCGAACAGAAAGAAAAUGGCCGACCAGCUGACCGAGGAGCAGAUCGCCGAGUUCAAGGAGGCGUUCUCCCUGUUCGACAAGGACGGCGACGGCACCAUCACCACCAAGGAGCUGGGCACGGUGAUGCGCUCGCUGGGUCAGAACCCCACCGAGGCCGAGCUGCAGGACAUGAUCAACGAGGUGGAUGCCGACGGCAAUGGGACCAUAGACUUCCCAGAGUUCCUGACUAUGAUGGCGAGGAAGAUGAAGGACACAGACAGCGAGGAAGAGAUCAGAGAGGCCUUCCGGGUCUUUGACAAGGACGGGAACGGCUACAUCAGCGCAGCCGAGCUGCGCCACGUGAUGACCAACCUCGGCGAGAAGCUGACGGACGAGGAGGUGGACGAGAUGAUCCGCGAGGCCGAUAUCGAUGGAGACGGACAGGUCAACUACGAGGAGUUUGUGCAAAUGAUGACUGCAAAGUGAGGAGCAGUUUUCUUUAUCUUACAUUGCCUGUCCUCCUACAAUCACUCUAUAAAAAAAACAAAUCAAACAAACAAAAAAAGCUACAAAAAAAUCUUAAAUGUUAAAAUUCUGUAAAUGUGGUUCGAAUUCAACCUACUUCUGAGGCAUCUGACAGCUGCAGAAUAACCCCACUAGGAGGCGCCAGAUAAAGUCUGAUCUGCAUGAGCUCUCUCUUCCUGAAUAAACCUACCGGGUCUCCCAGACGCCCACCAAUUUUUUUGGCGAGAAACCCCAGAAAAGAAUGACACUCAGAGCAGGGGGGAGGGGGGUUGGAGGGAGGGAGGGGUUUAAAAAAAGGGGAGGGGUUUAACAAAAAAAACUAAAUGAAAAAUAAAUAAUGCUCCCGACUGAAAAUCGACUGACAGACGCCUUCACCUAAAAAAGAAAAGCAUCUUUUCAUCUGAGCAUUUUUCUGUUUCGUAACAAUCUUUGCCAGAAGCACAGUGCUGUAUCCCAAUGACGGACGGACGGACGGACGGACGGACACUCGUGCGAGCGUGCACACGAGAACCUUGCAUGCACCUUUUCUGGCGGUUUCCCCUGCCGCCGCGGGGGUCCCGGUUUUUCGGUUGAGCGGAGACGACGCUCUGUGUACAGACAGGUUUAUACGAGUGCGCGUGUACAGUGUGUGGCGAAAAGCGUUGGCACACGCGCGGGUGCCCGGGGGCGUGCGCCUGGGGUUCGGCCCCCAGCGUUCACGAGCAGUGCGGAACGAACAGAUAAAAACGCUUAUAGUGGGCUUGUUUUACCCUUUGGUUUUUUUAUGGCUACUUUCCCCCCCCUCCUCCUCCUCCUCCUCCUCCUGUAAUGUACCUCUUAACAUAACUGCAACGUCACGCUUUGGUAGCGCAGUGUGUGUUCGUGUGGAUGUACAGAUGCAGAGCAUUUAAUAACGAUAACAUUGCAUUCAGUGGACAAGAGCAUAGUUGUAAAUAUCUAAUCCACAAACAAUUAUAAUACAAAUGUAAAUGUUAUGCUUUUAAAAUGUGCAUUAUAUAUUAAAUGUGUUGUAAACUUUGCAUCGCCUAAUAUUAAUAUAUUAUAGUAUGGCCUGUGACUUUAAUUUACCUUUUCCCUUUGUUAUUGAAAUGUGCCAUAAUUGAGCCUCACUUUUAUUUAUUUAUUUUUUUUUGGCAAGAUGACUUUUAGUAAAUUAGACAAUACUAUAAAUAUAUAUAUAUAUUAUACAUACAUAUAUUUGCACUUUUAUGUACAAGAAACUGUUCAAAACUGUUCUGAUCAAAAAGUGAAACCAAAUUUUGCUGUCGCUGCUGCUCCCGUCUCUUGCUCUAGUUGUGGUUUGUCAGGUCCUGGUGUCAGGCGCACUUCUCCACGCUCCUCUUCCUCAGACUGAAUGCUUCCACUGUGGAGGGAUAUUUUGGGGUGGAUGGGAAGGGGGGUGGGGCUUAAAAAAUGUAAAGCUUUCCUGAAGUGGUUUUCCCUCGUUAGAUUGUAAUUUUGAGGUUUUCACACGUCUGUUAACUGCGAAGAUGGGGAAACGAGUCUGUCGAACUGCAGCCUCUAAACCGUGUUGAAGGGAGUUUCUCUGGUCCCUGCGUUCUUGAGGGGCUUUGCCCAGUCUGGUUUCUGCAGUGAGGGGGUUGGGGGAACUAAGGGCCUGACCGUAGCUCUUCAAGUAUAUGGAAGUUUGCGUCCAAACUACUACAAGCUGUGAAAUAUCAAUGUUUUCCAAUAAAAUAAAUAAAGUUUACUACCUUGA